GGUAGAGGAUUAACUCAACUUAGCUUUACUGAUGACCUUCUAAUAUUCACUAAGGGGACAGAAGAAGGGUUGCAGGUAGUAGCUUCUAUCCUAUAGCACUUCUACAGAAUCUCAGGACUAGCCCUAGUAAGAGUGCUAUCUACUGUUCCGGAAUGGAUGAAGUAGUUAAGGCUGCAGUGGUAAAAUUGUCUGGCUUUCAAGGAGAGUUGCCAGUUAGAUUGUUGGUUUUCCAUUAGUGGCAAGGAAAUAGAAUUCAGUUGACUGCAGGCAGCUAGUGGACAGAAUUACAAGGAGAAUAAAGGGCUUUGAACCUAGACUACUCUCCCAUGCUGGGAAGAUACAAGUUAUUAUAGCAGUAUCGGCCAGCAUAGCCCAGUUUUGGAUGAGUGUUUUCUAAUUACCAAAGAAAGUAGUGAAAGAGGUGGAAAAGCUGUGCUCUGACUUUCUCUGAUACUCUGAACAUGAGCAUAAGAAGGCAAAGGUUAACUAGUCAAUGGUUGCACUGCCGAAGAAGGAAGGGGGAGUUGGUUUUAAGGAUCUCUAUAGUUGGAACCAGGUCUGCCUUGUUAGGCAUAUGUGGGCAGUUUUGAAUGAUCAACAAACUCUGUGGAUUGCUUGGCUCAAAGAUUACAGGCUAAGGAACUUGGAUAUCUGGGAAGUUGAAACAAAAGGGUCUUGGCUGUGGAACAAGGUGCUGCAAAUGAGAGACAAAGUUAAAUCAGCUUUGCAAGUUACAGAUGAUGGAAUAACUUGGCUUUCUAACCCUAUGUCUCGAUUUACAAUUCAGGUUGUGUGGGACACAAUUCGACCAAAGCAGCCAAUUGUACCUUGGCAUGAGUUAGUAUGGAGAAAGCAUUAACUGCCAAGAGACUAUGAUUACUUGACUAAUUGCUCUUGAUAGGAUAACUACACUAAAUAAUGUUCAGAAGUGGAUAUAAGGACUAGAUGGCACAUGCCCUCAUGUGCAGAGUGGAGGGAAAGAUGUCUUCGUGUGUUUCGAAGUACAAGUUUGCAGGUGGAUGAGUUGGCAGAAAGCUGAGAGCUGAUGCUGAACUUAAAUGCAUGGAGUGCCCAGAUUUUGCUAUUGCAAUGGCAGAAGUUUACUUUAGGCAGUUAGAUAAUUAGAGAGUUAGCAAUGUACUGUAAAAUGAUAGUUUAUAGAAUAGAGUUAUGGUUGACGUGUAAAACUGCCCUAUGUUUUGAUCCUAUUGACGGGAUUCUUACGAGAGAGAGUUUGGGGGUCGACAAAGGGGUUUCGAUAGAGAUAUGAAUGGAGUCACCGGUGGCGAAGCGAUAUGAAAAGAGAAAAACUAUCGCCAGCGGGCGACGGGGUUUAGAGAGAUAGACAGAGGGAGCCAAUCGCCGACCAAUAGAAAAAGAGGGGGCAGCAAUGAGUUUGUCUCGAGGAAGAAGAUGGAGCAAAGUGUUUUUAUCAUUCGAACCACUUAAACCAAGUUACCAGAAUUUAUACCACAUAGAAACUACUGAUCAGAUCUUUGCUAAGCCAUACCACAGUAGACUAGCUUCUAAUGUUCACCUAUCAAGCACUAAAUUCUGUUCUUAGCACUAAAAUAGAAAGAGUACCUGAUUCUUUUCUAUUAUGGGCCUCUUUCCAUCUGAUGGCUAGUGGUCUUCUCGGUAUAAAGAUCGAGUUACAAGUAACUUCUCCAUCAUGUUGGCUUCGCACAAACAAACAAGCAUCCAUACAGGAACUAGCAAGUAGCAACCUUGGUAGCUCUGAGAUUGGCAUUGUAGAUGAUAAUGAGAAGCCAUAGUGGUUUAGGAUCUCCAUUAGUAAUAUAGCAGUAGCAAUAGUGGUGCUUCCAAUAGUAAAUGGGCCGAGCUUACUGAUUCGAUUGCUCAAACCUUUCAACUGUACCAAGUCUAUAUACAGUGCUUCGAGAUUCUUCUGUGCUUAACUGAAAAAAGCAUCUCUCAUCUCAAUUGAUUCGUUCUUAGAAAAAUCUAGAUGGAUCAAAUUGCAUGUGGAACUGGAGAGAUAUGGCCUUGAAACUGGUUCGCUCAAACUCCAUCACCUCUGCUGCUGAAAAAAUCACAUCUUGCAGACAGGGAAUCUGUAAGAUUCAUAGUCUGAAAUCCUCUUAAGUUUUCACUCGCACGAGAACAAAAAAGCCUGCCGAGCCAAACCAUGCAUGUGGCUCUCUCUAUCUCUCUACCAACAAAACCCUUGACAAUGUUGUCACCUUUUAAGUUGUUCC